GGUACAUUUGGGCUUGGUCCGUAAUAUCUGGCUCCGCUUUUCGACACCGCCUCAUAACGUUUACGCAUUAUUUUCUUGUUGUUGUUGUUGUUUAUAAUUUUUUUUUUAUUUGUUAUUAUUGCAUUUAAUUAGUAUCGAAAAUCAUUUUUGUAUUGCGUACGCGUCUCAUCGUAGCAGGUACAAUAUUUUGUUUACACCGUGUUCGCGUUGUACUAGUGAGCGUCGAUUACCGACAUAUUUUGCAUCAUACUUAUUUGGUGACCAUACCAUCUAUUGCUAUGUGCCGUGCGUAUUUUAGUUGACUCGCUGUCAUCGCUGACAGUUAUUAACGGUAACGGGAUAAAAUAUAUAUUUUAUUAUUUUUACUUAAAAUCGCGCUUUUUUGCCGUCGGUGACAAAUCGCACGGUUUGCAUUAAACCAGACGAUAAGCGGCGGCAUCUCUGGACGCGAUGGAGGCGGACGAUCAUCAGGACGAUGAAAUCAAGGAGUCGAUGAGCGAAACCGAAGAUGAAAAAGACGUAAAGCAACAGCAACAGCAGCAGCAGCAACAACAACAGCAACAACAACAAGAUCAACAGCCGACUAUAGUACAAAUGCACAAUGGCCAGCCUCAAAUUAUUACUUUAGCCAAUUUACAAAACUUAUUGCCUAUGCAGCAAGUACAACAAUUGACUCAAAACCAACAAAAUCAAGGUAUCAAGACUAUAACAUCAAAUGGCACAACAAUACAACCUAUAUUUUCAGUUCAGGGAUUACCCGGUCAAUUUAUUCAGCAAAAUAAUCAAACAAUAACAGUUGAUGGACAAGAAGCAUUGUUUAUUCCUACAAAUUCUAAUACUGGCCAAGGACAACCUACCAUAUUCACACCAACAGGGCAGAUAGUACGACCAUUGCAAACAAUACAGCUCCAAUCAGGGCAAAACAUUUCUGUACGUCAAUCGAACAUGCCACAAGUAGUGCAGUUGCCUUCUGUUCAGCAAACUAUACCUGUUCAAGUACCUAUAUCAUCUAAUGGCCAGACUUUAUAUCAAACGGUGCAUCUUCCUAUACAAUCUUUUGCUUCAUCUUUACCCAAUAUCAUACAGGGCAAUCAAGGUCAAUUGAUGCAAAUCCCACAACUGGCUCAAAUGACUCAGUCGCCUCAAAUGGCACAAAUAGUGAAUAGUAAUGGUCAGAUACAAACUGUACAAUUAACAUCACCAAUUGGUAAUGGCCAACAAAUACAGUUAGUAAAUACAUCCAGUGCAAAUAAUCAGUACCAAAAUGCAACAACUCCAGCUACUUCACCAAAUGUCAUGCAUACAAAUUCAUCACCGAAUUCAUCUUCGAGUAGUAAUGAAAAUAGCCCACAACCACAACCUGUGACAAUUCAAACCCAGUCUGGACAAACUUUACAACUAAUUCCUCAACAAUUAACUCUUGGAAAUAAUCCUCAACAAUUAACAGUAAUACCAACAAACAACCUUCCUCAGUUUUUACAAAACAAUAAUGGUGUUACUAUUAGAGGAAAUAAUGUUGUUCAGUUACCAGCAACUACCCAAAACACUAAUCAACCGCAAACAGUGAAUAUACCAGGAAUUGGAACUGUUCAAAUCAUUACUUCCCUUGGUGGACAAAGUACAUCUAAUGCUACUCAAACAAUACCACCGGGUCUACAAAAUAUACAAGUCAUUAAUGCUACAUCUGGGCAACAAAUAGAAAAUAUGGAUCAAAAGUGGCAAAUUAUUCCAAUUGCUGGGGCAAUGUUCCAAGAUGGAACUGCUGUUACUGAAUAUGAUUCUCCUUGUGAGGAUAAACCGCGAACAAGAAGAGUAGCUUGUACAUGUCCCAAUUGUUGUGAUGGUGAAAAACGUAAUGGCGCUGGUAAAAGGGUACAUAUUUGUCAUGUGCCGGGUUGUAAUAAAAUGUAUGGAAAAACAUCUCAUUUACGUGCUCAUCUUAGAUGGCACACAGGUGAACGACCUUUUAUUUGUAAUUGGCAACACUGUGGUAAAAGAUUUACUAGAUCAGAUGAACUUCAGAGACAUAAUAGAACACAUACAGGAGAGAAGAGGUUUCAAUGUAAUGAAUGUCCUAAACGAUUUAUGCGUAGUGACCACUUACAAAAACAUGUUAGAACUCACUUAAAACAAAAAAUGAUGGAAGGUAAUAGCGUUGUAGUUGGCUUAAAACAAGAUUCAGAAGUAGAUGAUGAAAUGGAUAAUAUAGCACCCAAACAUCAUAAUAUGAAUAACAUAAUUUUGGAACAGGAUGAUGAUAGUUCCUCUUCUUGUGAAAAUAAAAUGAUUAUUUUACAUGAUGAAAAUGUAUAACUUUUUUUAUAUUUUCAUGUUACCUAUGUGUAAUGAUUUUUUUUACAUAUUUUACUAAUGUAGUUUUCAUGAGUUGAUUUAUUAUGUUCAUGACUUAUUAUGUUAAUAGUUCGAUAUUAUUGUGUACUGUUAUUUUCUGGGAUUGA